AUGUACGCAGCAAGUUGCCGGCUGUGUCUUUGCGGGGUUCACGAAGGCACGCAGCGUCUAUUCCGCGCCUGUGGUUGUCGAGGGACGCUUGCACACGUCCACGCCGAGUGUCUCGCUUUAUGGUUGCGCAAGCAGGGCUACGCGACGGGUGUUUGGCCGAAUCCCUGGGUUCUCGCCGCAGCCCAGCGGGUUCUGGAGAGUGCGACUCGGAAUCGUGACUGUGACGCAACGAGAAGAAUGCCACUGUGGGAAGAGCAUGCUGACGAUAGUGGCCGAGUCCAGAAGCACUGCACGUUGUGGACAGCAGAGCAGGACCAGGGCAGCUGCAGCGGUUUCAGUGCGGGCAUUCCGCGGACUCUGUGGAGCUCGGUUUCGCACACCACUCAGGAGAGUCGGAAUCACAUGCACCGAUUGAACCUGAUGCUUUAUGCGUUUAUAGCGGAAUGGUUGGUUGUUUUGUGUAGUCCACGUGUGUUACUGGUGAGCAGUUGUCCGAGUUUCGUCCGGAGCUAUUGGUGCGCGCAGAGGCUCCGAUGCGAACUCUGCGGAAACAUGUAUUCUACCGAGUGUAUGGAGGCGGUUAUAUGGAUAUGGUUGGGUAUGGAAACCCAGGAUAAUGCUUGCUUUGAUUUUCGAUGGACCGAUCCAUGGGCGAACACUGCAGUGGAGGAAGGGUCCCAGACACCGCACGAUCCACGUAUGUCCACGGUUAUAGACCGAGUUGAAGGAGAAAAAUGGUUGCUUUUGGAUUGCGCAUAUCCGGACUUUGCUGACGCCGAGCCUCGGCACGUCUUGGUCGCGGUAGCGAAUGCUGCGAUGCGAAUGCAUGAGCAGCUCAUGCGACGGGUCGUGCAACGAACCGAAAGGACGCUGCUUUCAAGCAAUAUCGUUCGGAAUCAUGCAGAUCAGGCAGCGCGCACGCGUGAUGAACGCUCUGCGACCCGACUCGGACUGAUAGACACGGUCGUUGACGUGCACGCCACGCGACACCGAAUCGGGUUCACAGAUCCUGUUGAUGAGCAGGCUCAGUUUCACGCUUUGUCUUGGGCGGUGCACAUUGCACUACGCGCGCUGGUGAUCACCGCGUCAGUUGCCGUGUGCUUUUUGCUAUCUUUCAUAUGUGGUCUGGUGACCGAAUUCGCGUUUGAUACCGUUGCAGACGUGUUCCUACACCGAUAUUUUCACAUCCCAGAGCGUUGUCGCACCGCUGUGAAUCCAGCUCGUUCCGUGCUAGUUGGCUUUUACGCUCUCGUUAUCAGCGUGAUCGUUUCGAAAUUUCUCGUUGUGAUCCUCAGCGUGAUGAGGAAUGCGCUCCAGAGAGUUCGCGAACAUGUGCGAGAACGCAUUCUAAGCGCGCUUGGUUUUUCUUCCAUGCUCAAGUAG